AUGGUACGCAACAAACAUAUUCGAUUAACUAUUAUUAUAUGUAUUACUUCACUCAUGUUAUCUAUUUCAUUAUUUUCUGGCAAUAAUAUUAGAGAUUUAUUAUCAUUAGAAACAAGUUCCAAUUUGAUAAGUAUUUCAUUAUGGAAUCCUAAACAAUUACAGACAUUUCAAUGUCCUGUACGAGGAGAUAAAUGGAUUGUAGUUACAACAAUUUUUUAUCCAACAAAAGCGAUUUAUAAAUUUCUUAAUUUAACUACUCAAUGGAAUUUAAUUGUUAUUGGUGAUCAAAAAACACCAAAAGAUUGGCUCUUACAUCUUUCUAUAAAUUCUUCUCGACUUAUUUAUCUUAGUAUCGAACAACAAAAUACUCUUGAUUUUCGUAUUCUUCAUUAUUUACCAUAUGGAUCAUAUGCAAGAAAAAAUCUUGGUUAUUUAACUGCUAUUAAAUGUGGUGCUAAAAUUAUUUUCGAAUCUGAUGAUGAUAAUCUACUUGAAACAAAUGAUAUUUAUUUUUUACCAAAAAUUGUUCAACAAAAACAUGUUCCAUGGAUAGGAUUUCAUCGACAACGAUCACCAUUUAUUAAUAUCUAUGGAUGA